AUGGAGCAAGAGCACCCCAAGGAUGUCGUCGAUGGCGACGUCGACAUGAAGGAAAGCCCCGACGAAUCUAGUGUAGACAUGGAAGGCAACCCAGGGCAAGACGAGCCUCACGACUUAUUCCAACUGAUCCAUGACCUUUCGAAGUAUCUAUGUAGCGUCGAAGAAAACGGCGAAGAGCUUGCCGCUGGGUUUCAGCGCAUUCCCAACAGACGCCUUUUACCCGAUUACUUUGACAUCAUUGCCGAACCUAUUGCCUUCAGUACCGUCCGAAGCAAAAUCCAAAAGAAGCAGUACACUGCCUUCGCCGAGUUCGUCAAAGACGUCGCGCAAAUAUGCCACAACGCACAAGUCUACAAUCGCCCUUCAGCGCCUAUAUUCGGUGCUGCUGAACGACUUCGAGAGAUCUUGCAGGAGGAGCUCAAGAAACUCGUUGAUAGUGGCGACAUUACAGCCGAUGAUGCGCGUCUGCCAGACUUGGGAGAGCUGCCUCCUGUCGAAGAAUCGCCUUCACAGCAGUCCGAGGAUGAAGACGAAGAGGAAGGAACCAGAGGGCGAAACAACGAGGAUGACGACGAGGACGAUGAGGACGAGGAAGAGGAGGAAACCGAUGAAGACUCCGACGACGAAGACUACAAAGGGCGGCGGGGACGACGCUAUACGUCCGAUCGAGGAAGCCGCAGUAAUGACAAAGAUGCGAGGUUCCAACAGAAAAGAGGCCGCCCACCAAUGGUCCUUACUCCGACAGAAGCCAGAAUAUUCUCGCUCCUCAAGGAGCUUAGGAAAAUCAAGGAUGCAGAGGGAAACGCACUCGCUGCGCCUUUCGAGAGGCUACCGGACAAAACGAUUGUUCCAGACUACUACCAAAUAAUCACAAACCCCGUCGCAUUAGACAAUAUCAAGAAGAAGACGAAGCGAAAGAAGUAUCAAACAGUCGACCAGGCGCUAUCAGACCUUGAGCUCAUGUUUGAGAAUGCCAAGGCGUAUAAUGAGGAUGAUAGCCCAGUGUACGAAGCUGCUGUGAAACUACAGCAGCAAGCCCGGGUACUGGCAGAACAAGAAAAGCUCAAACCAGAUGACGAUUUCCGUGACGAGGAUGGCAAACUCCCUCUAGCAAGCAUCGAAUACAGCGGAGAAACUUGGAGAGUUGGUGACUGGGUGCAUAUUCGUAACCCCAACGACUUAGCAAAGCCAAUUGUUGCUCAAAUAUUCCGCACAUGGCAAGAUCGUGCUGGCCAGAAAUGGAUUAAUGCCUGUUGGUACUACAGGCCAGAGCAAACAGUUCAUCGUUUCGAGAAACACUUUUAUGUACACGAGGUUGUCAAGACAGGCCAAUACCGCGACCAUCCGAUUGCAGACGUUAUCGACCGCUGCUACGUAAUGUUCGUCACUCGGUUCAACAAGGGACGUCCCAGGGGGCUUGCGCCAGAUAAGGAUGUCUACGUAUGCGAGUCUCGGUACAACGAAGAGAAGUUCCACUUCAACAAAAUCAAGACGUGGGCCAGUUGUGUCCCUGACGAGGUGCGGGACAAAGAUUACGAGAUGGAUUUGUUUGAUGUUCCUCGUCCAAUGAAGAAGAUACCCAGUCCAAUCAAACACCUCUUGCGAGACGAUGCCAAAGAAACAGAUGAGCUCCCACGACCUACUUGGGGAAGCCCAAAUGCUCCUCCCAUCAUCGGCGCCGUCCAUCGUCGACCGCCAGGACCAAAUGACUCACCCCCUCCAGAUGCCAUGAUGCCCGCAAUGCCUGCCGCUUCCAAGAUGCCUGCAGAACCAGCUCAGCGCCUUCCCAUAAAUCCUGGAGUUAGAGAUGCGGCAAGCGAGGCGACAAGGAACGGAGCCAUCCCUUACGGCAUGGCUGGUGCAGUGCCACCUCCCAACCAGUAUUACGGACACGUUACACCACAUUUCCAGCCAACGCCUCCUUCUCAUAUGCCGAUGCGAACAAUGCAGUACCAAUAUCAACCUCAACCUCAUCAGCAGCCUGCCUACAUGCAAAAUUACAACGGCUAUGCUCCAUCGCCGCAAAUGCCCAUGCAUCAUCAACCAGUGCCCAGCCCUCGGCCACAUGCGAAUAUGUACAAUCCGCCGCGGCCCCCCGAGGUGUACACAUUGCCGGACAACAUGAAUGAGUAUUUACCAGAAGCGGUGCGACGGGAGUUUCAACACGAUGAAUCUGGCAGAGUACUGUUCUUUUCAGCUGCUCCUCUUGAUCGUUCAUGCAAUGGCCUUUCACCGCUGAGCUCAGGGCUUGGACAUAGUGCCAAAUACCUUGCUGGACGGAGCAAGUGGCUAGCUGAACGCGAAAAGAAGCGAAAAGAUAGAGACGAGCUGUUGAGUGGGCUACGAGAAAAGCUACAGCGCACAGAACUACAACCUGACGAAUCCCCGAUCAUCUCACAAGCCGCUCAUUCAAUGGAACUAUACUUUCAGCACCUUGGCCAAGACACUGAGCGUCUAAAAGAGGACGUCGGGCUGUAG